AGGACAACAGCACUGUAAAAGCUUAACUGAAAAGCAGGAUGGAGAUGAGACAGGUCUCAGUUAAAAAACGCCACCUGGAUUCGUAUAACAGGCUCGAUUCCUGUGUAGACAAUGAUGACAUGCAUGAGAACAUCAACUCAGGAGGUGACAUAUCAGGAAGCAGAUAUUACAGACUUGCUGCAGUGUGUUUGACCCUGCUGUGUGUUCUCCUGAUUUUUGCUGUCUCAGUGCUGUGGGUCAAGUUCAACAACCUCACUACAAAAAACACUGAUUUACAGACUCAGUACAGAAACCUCACACUUGAGAAAGCCCAGCUCCAGACUGGCUACGAAAACCUGACUUUCGAGAGAGACCGGUUACAGACCAGGUACAACAACCUGACUGUUGAGGGAGACCGGCUACAGACCAGCUACAACAACCUAACAGUCGAGAGAGACCGGUUACAGACCAGCUACAACAACCUAACAGUCGAGAGAGACCGGUUACAGACCAGCUACAACAACCUGACAUUCGAGAGAGACCGGUUACAAACCAGCUACAACAACCUGACAGUCGAGAGAGACCGGCUACAGACCAGCUACAACAACCUGACCGUCGCGGGAGACCGGCUACAGACCAGCUACAACAACCUGACAGUCGAGAGAGACCGGCUACAGACCAGCUACAACAACCUGACAGUCGAGAGAGACCGGUUACAGACCAGCUACAACAACCUGACAGUCGAGAGAGACCGGUUACAGACCAGCUACAACAACCUGACAGUCGAGAGAGACCGGUUACAAAUCAGCUACAACAACCUGACAGUCGAGAGAGACCGGUUACAGACCAGCUACAACAACCUGACAGUCGAGAGAGACCGGUUACAGACCAGCUACAACAACCUGACAGUCGAGAGAGACCGGCUACAGACCAGCUACAACAACCUGACAGUCGAGAGAGACUGGUUACAGACCAGCUACAACAAUCUGACUAUCGAGAGAGACCAGUUACAGACCAACAAUCUGAACAUGAGAGACCAGGACCAGGCGAAAUGUAAAGAACUGGCUAAUGAAAUGGAGAAACUGCAGAAAAACUACAGCACCAUGGCAAACCAAAAAGACCAGUUACAGAAGGAGAAAGAGGAACUUCAGAACCAUUUGGCAGAGAUAGCUGCACAAAGCAAACUAGGCUGGUUCUACUUCAGCUCGAGUUUUUACUAUGUCUCUACUGAGAAGAAAAGCUGGAAUAACGCCAGACAGUACUGCAAAACAAACGGAGCAGACCUCGUGAUCAUCAAUAGCAAAGAGGAACAGGAUUUCCUUGUCAAGAAGCUGAGCAAAGAUGAGGCUUGGAUUGGUUUACAUGACCAAGUCAAAGAGGGGACCUGGAAAUGGGUGGAUGGUUCAGCACUGACAUUUUCGAACUGGGCUCGUGGGGAACCCAAUGAUGCAGGUAAUGAGGACUGUGCUGAGCUUUGGAAUCUUCCAGGUAAACUGGGCUGGAAUGAUGGGCUGUGCACAAACAAAGUGAAAUGGAUCUGUGAGAAACCGACUUCUCAAUGAUUAAACUCUGUCUGCAGCAAUCUCCAAUGACCGUGUUACAAAAGCACCCCGAGUACUCAAUCCACUUAUAAUCUUAAGGCCAAUUUAUGCUGACAACCCAGUCCUCGCAGACAGCGUUGCAGAUGGUGUCUGCGUAGCCCCCCCCACCUUCACAGACGCUCUGCGCGCACCUCCCAAAAUUUGUGACCACCGCAGAAGCCUCGCAGACAGCGUCGCAGACAAGAGGGCUCCGAUUGGUCCACUCUACAUCUGCUGUACACACACUUCCGCUUCCCUACUUUCCCGGUUUGGUUUGUUUUCACGACCACCAUUUUUAAAAACACGAGCGAAGAUGGAGCAGCACGAAGAGCGGUUG